AUGUUUCCUCAUCAAGACCAUUCUGGUCAAAGUGGAGGAAGCCUGGAGGACCGCCUUCGAGGACUCAUUCUCAGCAACGCGGAAACAAGUUCAGUCCCCAGAGGCGGGCACAAUCUCCCUUCCCUUCCCCCUCCACCUGGAUUUUCGCCUCAACCAGUCCUUGAUCUUAACUCUGACAUAUCUGGCCAGCAUCAGCAGCAGUUCACGCAUUCUGCUCCGCUCCCUAUAACCAGCAAUGCUCCAAAUUCUCUGCCUCCUCCGGGACUCUCAUCCUCACCUGGGCGGAAGAGGCUUAAUCAGGCCCAACGCCGCCAGAUGAAUGCCCAAUUGUCAAUUCCCAUUGACUCGCGCCCUAUUCCUGGAGUUCAAGCAGGACGUGGAAACGGUUUCUAUUCGCCCAACCCGCAAUUUGGAAAUCAGAACUUCAACAAUAGCACACCAACUUAUCAAAACCAAAGAUUCCCUCAGCAGCCGCAUCAAUCACAACAUCAACAACAGCAACUUUCACCUCGUUUCCAGAAUCAAGGUCCUGGUCCCGCAUCCCCCUACUCCCCGCGGCCGAUGCACCCGCAAAACCCUCUACAGUCGCCAAUGAAUCAGUACCGAUCCGGUCCGAAUCCCCAACUUCAGCAGAGACAAGGCCCUGGUCAAUACCAACAACCGCCUCCAACUUCCUGUGGUCGGCCACCCGUUCAAAAUCGGCAGCUUUACCAGCCAGGAUCCCAGAACAGUCACGGCGGAAGGCCAUUUGCACCAAACACACAUGACCUAGCAAGUCAAACUUCUCACCUCGAACGGCUUGUCAACCUGUGUGUGCCGCAAGUGGGUAUUGAUCGUCAAGAAGAGACUGAAAAGGAGGCAUUCAGGGCUCUGGUAGAAUUAGCAUGCCGAGAAGCUAUCGCCGAAUAUGAGACCAAAGAGCUUGGCAAUGAGAAAUUCGAUCCCUCUACAGUCGAAUUGCAAUGUUUCGGGAGCAUGCGGUCGGGAUUUGCUACUAAAGCUUCUGAUAUGGACCUUGCACUUCUUACUCCAAAUUCGCAUCCCCCGGCUGAUUCGCCAGAGUCUCUGAUACCCCGCAUAUUGGAAAAAAGGCUGUUAGACCUUGGCUACGGCACUAGGCUCUUAACGAGAACCAGAGUACCGAUCAUCAAGCUUUGUGAGAAGCCCACGGAGAAACUACUGUCUGACCUGCUUCAAGAACGCCACAAAUGGGAGAGCGGCUUUGUUUCAGAUCAUGAGGAAGAGGAUGAGCACCACGAUGUCAAACCUACACCGGCAGUUGAUGACGCCCGACAAGACCUAGACACUCAACCAAUUCCAUCUCCAAGGAACGACCACCAAAAAGCUAAGCUCGAGUCGUAUGAUGAGUCCCUGGCUACUCUCAAGCAAAAGGAAGAGCAGUCCCUCGGGGACUACUGCAACUCUGCUAAGCGAUUAUUGAGGAAACUCGGCGGUCGCGACGUUACCAUGAAUUCACCCGAUCUGAACGAGAAGGAGUCGACCAUUCUCAACGAUGUGUGCAAAGCAUUCAUCUCUGGCCUUUACUCGCAAGAAUUGUUCAAUCGACUAUGCCAUUACCAGUCGAUCCUGCCGCUCUACGACUCUUCUUUGCCUUUUGUGCAACGCUCACUUCAUGGAGUUUGGACCCAAGCAGACGGCGAACGAUUAGUAUUGGCGUGGCACACCCGGCCGCUUCUGGAGCCUAACGAGAAGCUUGAAUACGAAGGUUCGCAGCUUGUGGAGGCAUGGUGUGCAUUGCAAGACAGGACUGCCCUACUUUGUGAUCCUGCUUUUUACAGCAGGCAGCUAUACUUGGCCUCGGAGAAGCUCAAGAAAAUCAACUCCAUUCAACUGGUAGUUCUCGAGCAGAUUCAACAUGAAGACCCGAUGUAUUAUCAAGCAAGGGCGCAGAAAAUCUUGAAUGAGCUUACGAGUCCAGGACAGCCAUUACUGGUUUCCAAGACCACCUCGAUUGUUGUUGACCGUUACAUUGAGGGCAUUGCAAAUGCUCAAAUUCGUGAGUCUAUUCGUAGUGCCGAUCGUGGCGAGGCAACCCUUCAUCAGGUUGGUCUCCACCAUCGGGCCCUUCAGCUGGCGAUCGAUUACGAGCAUGCCCUCAAAGUUGGAGCAUAUAAAGACUCGGACCGCCCCGAUGUUGAGCAGUACGUUGAGCUGCUGAGAUCACGGAAUUUUUAUGGCUCGGUAGAUCCGGAGAUUGAUGUUGAUCAAGCUACUUUGGUUAAAAAGAUGAGAAUUUUACCCGACCCAACUGUGACGUCUCUCAAUAAGCCUCGCGACCGUUUUAAGGACCAUCUCGAGUUUCCAAAGGCAGAUAUCGGUAUCCAAUGUGAUAUCAACUUCUCGGCUCAGCUUGCAAUCCAUAACACCCAGCUACUACGGUGCUACUCACAAAGCGAUCCACGCGUCAAGGUCAUGGUGCUGUUUGUCAAGCACUGGGCAAAAACCCGUGGAAUAAACACACCCUAUAGAGGUACUCUUAGUAGCUACGGCUAUGUUCUCAUGGUACUUCAUUAUCUCGUCAAUGUUGCCAAGCCGUUCGUCUGUAUCAACCUCCAAGAAGUUCACAAGGACCCACCGGCAUAUCUACCACCGGCAGAGAUUGACGCUCAUACAAAUUGUUUGGGUAGAGAUGUCCGCUUCUGGCGUAAUGAGACCGAGAUCAAGAACCUCGCCGACCGAAAGCUGCUAAACAAUAACCACGAGCCUAUCGGACCUCUGUUAAGAGGAUUCUUUGAAUAUUAUGCCCAGCCCGGACAGAUGUCAUCAGUUGACAACCGAGGUUUCGAUUGGGGAAGAGAGGUCUUGAGCCUUCGGACAUCCGGGGGAAUUCUAACAAAGCAAGAAAAAGGAUGGAUUGGUGCGAAGACGGUUAUUCAGAAAACGACCAUCGCUGCUCCACCAACUCCAUCCUCGGCUACCAUUCCGGACACUGCCAAUAGCCCCGAAGGUCCGCUUGCAGUGGAGGCUCCAAAGACACCUAAACUUCCCCUGAAGACGAUGGAAGAAACGAAGGAGAUCAGACAUCGAUAUUUGUUCGCCAUCGAGGAUCCAUUCGAGCUCGAUCACAAUGUUGCUAGAACGGUAACUCACAACGGGAUUGUGUCUAUUAGGGAUGAAUUCAGACGCGCAUGGCGAAUCAUCAAGAGUUUUGGGAAACCGUACGAGGGCCAGGAGGGACAACUGCUGGACCCGGUUUCUACCACGAACGAUGAGAAGAGCGGAGCGCUGGCUUUGAUGGACUUGAUUCACGGCCCUGCGCCAAAGACCCAAUCCGAGUUGGCUGCGUAA